GCGCGGGCUGGUUGAAAACAGACGAAGCUCUUCACGUAGCUGCUGUGUAACUAAAUCACCGUGAAUUGAACAGUUAGUUAUUGUUAGCUUACAUACUUAACUGCUUUCCAUGUAAAGGAUAGUAACGGUUAAAGCUAGGUUAGUAUCUCCUUAUAUUAAGCAUUGGCUUGUGCCCGUUUUGUUUUUCUGCCCACAUUAGAGUUGAGUUGGCAGCUAACCCGUCGUUAAUGUUGUCAUCCAUAGCUGAAUAAAACGCAAUAUCAGCUUAAUUUUUCCCAAGCAAUGGACCGACCAGCAAGGAAAACAAAGACUGUGAAUUACUGUGAAGCCAAGGACUUUGACGAUGAUGAGGAUUUUGCCUCUGUGAAAGCACCACCAAGCAAAAAGGCAAGAGAGGACGUGAGACAGGAACAGAAGAAAUCUUCAAGCAAGUCGUCCAGUCAGGAGACCAACUGCCAGCCCACGCAGAGCGAGAAGAGCAGAAAGCCGCUGGAUGUGAAGCUAUAUGAAAGAGAUCUUGAGGCAGCCAUCACCCUUUCAUCGCUUAAUGGGACAGACGAAUUAAAGGAGCAGUCUCCCACCACUAGAGCAGAGGCCAAAGUAAUAAUCCCCAUUGAUGAAAACACAGACCCAGCCUCUUUACAUCUGUCCAACUGCAGUGUGGACGUACGAGUUAUGGGCUUGGACCAAAUCAUAUCAGAGAAAGGGUCACUGGCCUCUGCCAGACAGAAGUCUGCCUCUAAAGCAGCUGAGGUGCAGAGAAAUAAAAAUGAUGACGACGACGAUGAGGACUACCAGCCCAAACGAGCACCAGAGUUUAACUGUAAAUACUUUGCAGACUCAGAAAGCGAUGAAGAUUUUAGUGAGCCAUCUGACAGUGAAGAUGAGGAAUUUACCCUAAAGAAACCCAGCAAGGCUAUAAAGAAGGAGAAAAUAGCCAAGAAAGACCAAACAAAACCAACAUCUGCUUCUAAAAAAGAAAGGCCCUCAUCAAAGGCGUCAAAGUCGAAAUCACAGACGGCAGCUUCAACGCCAGUGAGAAGUCCUCCAACAACCAAAGUGGCACCUAAAAUGCCUUCCUCAUCCUGCUCAGUGCCCACAUCAAAGUCUGCAGCCUGUCUGAGCCCACCAGGGGGCAGGAAACCCAAGUGGACCCCACCAGGUACACCCCUCACCUGGCACCACACGACCGCUCAAAUCGGUAAAAGUUCCACGCCGUCCCCGAGCUCUGCAGAGAAGUCUCCAGGUGCCGGUCUGCGACUGGGACUGUCCCGCCUUGUCCGAGUGAAGCCCCUUCACCCCAGUGUUACUAGUCACUGAACGGAGUACCUGUCAGUGAACGGCACCUUCUACAGUCUAUUUGUCUUACUGGUCAUUUUUAAGCAGAUGCUCAGGAUAAAAAACAUUUCUGUGUUUUAUUUGGAUGAUAAUUUAUGUGGAUGACUUCCACAGCAGAUAUCUUGAUUUAUAUUGCCGUUCCAGUUUAAUAACAGCGUGAGCGAGCAGCAGUUGGUGGCGACCGCUUGUUGGUUUGUGUGGUAGGUAGAGAAUGCUGAAUUUACCAUCUCUUUUUCCCAUAUUUCUCAGUUUUCCACAUUUGUUUUAGACUUGUUUGCCAAACCCUGUAUAUUGUGUACAUAAAUCCAAAAUAAAGUUAAAUACGAUUUCAGUGGGC